AUAAAUUUGAACAAAACGACAGUGUUGAGGUUUGGAGUACUGUUUGAGACGUAACCCUAAAUCCUAAACAAUUAUCGAUAAACCCUCUGUCUUGGUGUUGAAGACGCAGAGAGAGAGAAGCGAGAAGGAAAAUGGGAGGUUCACGAAGAAAAUACAAGCAAUCUCGAACAAAGGUACGCGUAGGUCUUCCAAAGAAGAACCCUAAGGUUUUGAAACCCGCUUUCACUAUCCCUCCCAAACUCUUACAAUCCCUUCUCAAGGACCCUAAAUGGGACGACAAAGGCACCGUCACCCAAAACUAUUCCUCUUUCGGUCUCCUUCCUGACCCUAACUCCCUCACCAAUUCCUUUCAACUUCCUGAUGAACUCAACGAUUCUGGCAGCGAUCUUGAAGAAGACGACUUGAAAUCUGCAUUGGGAAAGCAGCGAAGAGAUGGUAAUAGUGCACCUCCUCAGCCUUUGACUACAAUUCAACGUCUUCAUAUUAGUCGGCUAGUGGAUAAAUAUGGAGAUGAUUUUCAGAGUAUGAUGAUGGAUAUAAAGCUAAAUCCUAUGCAGCAUUCGGUUGCAACUUUACAGAAAUUGUGUUUGAGCUAUUACUUAUAUAAAAACAAGAAUCCACUCAUUGUUGCCAGAAAAUGAAAUGUUUCGCAUUCAGAGAAGUUCAGAGUUGUCAAGAUUAUAUAAACUAGGUGCGACGAAUGAUCCAGACAUAUUUCUCAUGUUAAUUGGGUCAAAUGUUGUCACCACGAGGAUGUGUUUUGUUUUUGACACUUUGGAUGUUAUUUCUCAUGUAUUAAUUUGUCAUGAACUAAUUUUGUUGAUGCUUUUGAAUUUUUUGUAUGGAUUUUUGUUUUGGAAGAUGAAGUAUUCUGGUCUUCCUAACCUGCUGUUUCCAAAAAAAAAAAUUAAUAGAUGAAAGUGAUUUUGAAUGGAAUGUGUUUGGAACUGUUCAGAUAA